AUGAAUUCUAACCAUUAACAUACGCGUGUCAUUAAUCUACCUCUUACCUUUUCAUUUGUUUUUGCCCUUUGGAGUUUCUCACUCUUAUGGUGAUCUUUCUCUCUCCUCCAUUGAAGCUGCUUCUGAGCUAUUUCUACUCCAUUGAAGCUGCUUCGAGGUGUUGAUGCGCAGAAAAUCUCGUCGUGUGAAAGAUGACUGGGAACAUCACAGACAAUGAAAGUGAAAACUUUAGCUGGAGUAGUGAUGAUGACGUAGAAAAAGAGAAAGAAGUUUUUGAUACAGGCUCUUCUUUGACUACUCUCAGUGCGUUUAAUGGCACUGCUGAGGGAAGCUCCUCUUCCGGGCCUUCCUCGACAUUGUUUCGCCAUUUUGUUGGAGCAGGUUUCUCAGAAAGUUUGGUUGCAAAAGCAAUUGAAGAAAAUGGAGAAGGGAAUAUGGACUCCAUUCUAAAUGCUCUUCUUACAUAUUCGGCCUUGGAAAGCUCUCCCUCUGAUGCGCUAGAUAUUGAAAAAUCUUCAGCAACAGAGCAGAAUGGAGAUUUGUCUAAGACUAAUAAUGGCCACUCUGAUCAGAAGAUUGACGCAGAUUCUGAUUUCUGGUCCUCAGAUUAUGACGAAAAUAUUCCUGAUGAUUUAUCUGAUUCAGAUAGCUGUCUUGGAAUGGAGGAAACGUGUGGCUCUUUGUCAGAGAAGGAUCAGAAAUUGUUGUUUUUGGCUGACAUGGGUUAUCCUGUGGAAGAAGUCAAAAUAGCUAUAGAGAGAUGUGGCCCAGAAUCCUCUCUUGAAGAGUUAGCUGACUUUUUAUGCGCUGCUCAAAUGGCAAGGGCAUCAGAUGCUACAUAUGUAGAUCCACCAGCUAAACCAAAGCUUUAUAGUGAUUAUGCUAAACAUAAGAAGAGGAAGUUGCUUGAGUAUGAGAUGAGGAAGAAAAAGCAAAAAGGACUUUUCGAGGAUGAUGAGCCAAUUCGCCUCCCCAAACCAAUGAUAGGUUUUGGAGUUCCUACCGAGCCAUGUCUUCCUUUUCGUAGAACACUACCAGAGGCAGCCAUAGCUCCUCCAUACUUCUAUUAUGAAAAUGUGGCUCUUGCCCCUAAAGGGGUUUGGGACACUAUCUCUCGCUUUUUGUAUGAUGUUCAACCUGAAUUUGUUGAUUCAAAGUACUUCUGUGCUGCUGCAAGGAAGAGAGGAUAUAUUCACAAUCUUCCAGUGGAAAAUCGAUUCCCUCUUCUUCCUCUUCCCCCUCGCACCAUCAAUGAAGCAUUGCCCUUGACUAGGAAAUGGUGGCCAGAUUGGGACCCAAGAACAAAGCUUAACUGUUUGCAAACUGCAAUUGGUAGUGCAAAGCUGACGGAGAGAAUCCGCAAGGCACUUGAAGAUUAUGAGGGUGACCCUCCAGAUCAUGUGAAGAAGUACGUUCUUGAUGAAUGUAGAAAAUGGAAUUUGGUUUGGGUUGGCAGAAAUAAGGUUGCCCCUCUUGAACCUGAUGAAGUAGAAAUGUUGUUAGGAUUUCCUAGAAACCACACUAGGGGAGGAGGAAUAAGCAGGACCGAUAGAUUUAAGUCACUUGGCAACUCAUUUCAGGUUGAUACAGUUGCCUACCAUCUCUCGGUCCUAAAAGAUUUGUUCCCAGGUGGCAUCAAAGUGCUUUCUCUUUUUUCUGGAAUUGGAGGUGCUGAAGUUGCUCUUCACCGUCUGGGAAUACCAUUAAAAUUUGUAGUGUCAGUUGAACUUGCUGAAGUGAAUAGAAAUAUUCAAAGGAGUUGGUGGGAACAAACUAACCAAAAAGGUAUUUUGAUUGAUAUUGUUGAUGUGCAGCAGCUGACUAGUGAUAGGUUGGAGCAGCUGAUAAACAAAUUUGGGGGCUUUGAUUUGAUUAUUGGAGGAAGCCCAUGCAAUAAUCUAGCUGGUAGUAAUAGGGUUAGUAGGGAUGGACUCGAGGGUAAGGAAUCUUCACUUUUCUUCGAAUAUAUCCGUAUUUUAGACUCAGUCAAGUGUAUCAUGGGGAAGAAACGAUGACCGAUUGUAAUCUCCAUUUUUCCAGAUGUAACUUCAUAAGUGAUAAGCCCCUGGCUAUUAAUUUCUGAAUAAUCUGAUAAAAUAGUUGGUUAAUGAACAUUUCAAAGUGUUAGUUAUGUCCUAGCAACAUCUUUACCUUGGUGAAAAAUCUAGGAAUAUUUUUUUUUUUCUUUUUCCUAGUGGACUUUUAACCUAUUCAUUGCCUUGGGUUAUAAUGUUUAAUGAAUUCCUGCAUGGACAGAAGCAGAUUCAGCAUGUAAGACGGUGGAAUUAUUUGCAAUAAUCUUAUGUAUUGUCCCUUUGUAACUAA